UCUCUCAUUCCCGCCCAGAUACUUUUACGCAAGCCCAGCGCAUCGCGCCUAAGUACUCCUUCCUCAUUGGUCCAUCCUCCUGUCCCACGGAUCGCGCCUCCCAACUAAUCCUCAGCCGUCAAUCAACUACUAUAACCAACGGUACAAAUCACUCCACCCACGGAUCACAAACCUCCACCGUCGCCCGCUCCGAACCGUCGAUAAAACCCAUUUCGCCCCCACCCCUUCCCUCCCACUCCAAAAUCCCACCCCCUCCUAACACCCCCCCGCAUCGAGGGAUCGAGCGAGCGAGCGAGAGAGAUCGAGGGAUCGAAAGAGGAGGAGGAGGAGGGAUCGUAGUAUUGUGGGUUAAGAGGGAGAAGAAGAGGCGACAAUGGAGGGGGGCGGCGGCGGCGGCGGGAAGGUGAAGAAGGGCGGUCGGAGGGGCGGCGGAGGAGGGCCGAGGAAGAAGGCGGUGUCGCGGUCGGUGAAGGCGGGGCUGCAGUUCCCCGUGGGUCGCAUCGGCCGCUACCUCAAGAAGGGCCGCUACGCCCAGCGCGUCGGCACCGGCGCCCCCGUCUACCUCGCCGCCGUCCUCGAAUACCUCGCCGCCGAGGUUUUGGAGUUGGCCGGGAAUGCGGCGCGGGACAACAAGAAGAACCGGAUCAUACCGCGGCACGUGCUGCUGGCGAUCCGGAACGACGAGGAGCUGGGGAAGCUGCUGGCCGGGGUGACGAUCGCGCACGGAGGCGUGCUUCCCAACAUCAACCCCGUGCUGCUCCCCAAGAAGACCGACAAGGCCGCCAAGGAGCCCAAGUCCCCGUCCAAGCCCGCUUCUACCAAGUCUCCCAAGAAGCCUUAAUCCCCAAACUCUUUAAUAAGAGUUUGGAUUUUUUGCUUGCUUGCGUGUGUAGCACGUGGUUUAGUUUGUGGGAUCUUUUGGUGGAGGAGUUACAUGGUGUAAAAGUUUUUUCUUCUAUCUUAUGAAAAUUACUACUGCUUUCAUUA